AUGUUUCAUUUAGUUACACUACUAUUGCUUAUCACUCUCACGUCAGCGAAUCUAUUUGAUUUCAUUAAUCAUCAAUUUGGUGGAGGAUCACAACAUGCUCAAGGUGUCAAAAACCCACAAGAUUAUGAGAAUUUGAUGCUCAACACACAAUGCAACAAAUAUUUGUGCCCCGAUACCGGAAUUUGCGUUGAUGCACCUAAAUUCUGUCCCUGCCCAUACCCGUCGUCCCAAUUAAGGUGUUUUUUGCCUGAUGGGAGAUAUGUCUGUAUAUCGAAACCAGCAGGCGAAGGUAUUUCGGAAAAAUACGAUGAUCCAAAGACCAAUUUCAAGAUUGAUGCUAAAGAUGAUAAUAUACGCGAUUGCGGAUGGGUCAGUAGAGCAUGGAGAGGUUUGUGA